GCUGAGAGGUGACAGCCGGGCAGUACCAGGCCGACUGGGGGCCCUAGAGCUAAGGCUGGUAGCCAGUCUGACAGAGGGGAUGGAUCGGGAACCCGGAAAAGUAAGGGAACGCUGCUCGAAAAGACGGAGUGUGGGAGAGACCUGCCCGGUACACAGCGGCGUGGACCCCCAGGAAGACCAGGACCGGAGCACUGAUUGCGGCGUUCGUUCUCCGUGCGCCUCCAGCCUCCCCGCGCGUCGCAUGCUGGCACCCCCGCCCACCGUGCCAGCUGCAGGCCAGGCCCUCCCUGCUUCUACUAGACUCUUCAUCCUCGGUCAGCUCCGCACUGGCCACCUUAGCUGCGGAGCCCAGGGACUCCCGAGCCGCAAACGCAUUGGGGAACUUGCUCCUCGAAGGGAAGGCUGGGCCGGAAAUUGGACCCUGCUCGCAGCCCAGAGGAGCGAAAACUUGUGGAAAUCGGACCUUGCCCUCGGAUUCCUGAGUCAAGGACACGAGUCCCCAAGCGGCACGGAAAACAGGUGGCAUUCAGCAAAUACGUCACGGCGACAACGGAUGCGGCCCUCCUCCUGGGGCGGCCACAAGGUGGAGCUACAGCGCAACCCUGCACCGCGCGCCUGGCCUCCGGACGCCCCCGAGGUGGCUGCUCUCCCGCGGGCCUCCGGCGAGUCCUUCAUUGCUGCAGCACCUAGACCUUUCAGGGCAUCGAUUCCAUCAUCAGUGUAUUCAUCACCAAUUCACAUCAUUUGGAAACAUGAUCAGCAGUUGAUUAGCAGCUGAUGUUGACCAAGACAAGACUAAGGUGAGAGCCAAACCCUAUGUCAUGUCUUCCUCUUUGGUGAUAACUUGGGGAAAGAAAUACCUAUAUAGCUAGGUGAAGUGGCUCAUGCUUAUAACCGGGAG